AUGGGUGUCAAGUUUUCAGGUGCCAAGUUUUUUCUAGAUGAGUCGGAGUUUACCGAGUUAGAGAUGAUAAUGCAGAAUGAGGCUGCGGAAAAGCUUCUUAGAGCAACACAGGCUUUUAUUAAUGCUGUUGAGCAAGGGGAAAAGGUUACAUUUGGCGAGGAUGUUGGUCGGGACGUUAUUCUUGGUCUUGGGCAUCCCGGCAAAAUCAGCCAUGGCUCAAUAUCCUGGCAGGCUAUGGUACUAGUGCAGAUAAUCCACAGGCAUCAUCUCCAGGACUGCUUCGACAGGUACAUCCAUGGCCAGAGCGCGGUGGUGUACCUGCCACCGAAAGUGGGUAGCGGUCAUAAGCUAUUUUCCACGAAGACAUUUACCAAGGCCGCCAAACAUGACCUUCACGGUAUUUGUGAACAACAGCCCCCCGGUGCUCUUCAUGGCCUGGUUGCGGCCUACAUAUCACUCAUUAUUCCCAUCAAGGGUGUCUGCCUGAGCGAAUCCAUUCCAGGGGGUUCGAUACAGUCUUGGCUGGGUAUCUCCGUGCAGAGGCAAGUCGACCUUGGCCCCGAAGGCGACCCCUCCACUAGCAUUGUUCUACCAAAGCCCCCGAGACGCAAGUGUGUGGCAAAGUACCCAGAUUCUAGGGGCGCGAAAGCUUACUCAAAGGAGAACCGCGAGUGGAAAACAGUUAUUUUGAUGUCGCUCCCGGCUAACAUUUCGAAACGCUUCGUCUACGAGCCUCUCACCUUCCCUGGUCAAAGCAUCAGAGUCGUCACGCUUUAUCAAGGCUCGUUUUCGGACCCAAUUCGCAUCUCUUUGGCCGAAAUACAGCUAGUUCCCAACUGUUUUCAGCGGCACCAUGGAUUAUUUCAAUAUGAAGCUCUGUCAUAUGUCUGGGGCUCAGAACAUAAUCCCAAGGAUGCCAUAAUGCCUGACAGAAGUUCCAUCUCCAUCACAAACAACCUUGACAUCGCUCUUCGCCACCUCAGAUAUACAGCAAAGGAUCGACAGCUUUGGGUUGAUUCUCUUUGUAUCAAUCAAAAGGAUGAGGAGGAAAAGAGCUCCCAGAUCCCUCUCAUGGGCAGCAUUUAUCGACUUGCGAAUCGCGUUCUGGCCUGGUUGGGCCCAGAGGAGAACGAGAGCCGUCAUGCCCUCGAGACCAUAGCUCACGUUGGCCGCCAAGUCGAAAUUAAUUGGAGCACGACGAGCAUAAGGCCAGCACGUGGCACUUCUGAGCUAGAUUGGGCGGAGCUCGCCAUGACAGCACCGUUCAAUGACCAGGAACUGCACAGCAUAUGUUCUCUCUUUCAGCGGCCGUGGUUUGAGCGCAUCUGGGUUCGUCAAGAAAUUAUCCUUUCCACUGUAGCCCUAGUGAAAUGCGGCAGCACGGAGGUUGAUUGGAAUCUAUUCAGAAAAGGGGCAUACGUCAUGUUUCGCCAGCCUAGCGACAUUUGGCAUAUCUGGGAACGCAACAUCGCAUUCGUUCAAUCUCUACGGCUGGUUGAGUCGCUUUGCAGGACGCGGCCGGGUUUUCUUGGUUAUCGUGACCUCAGAACGGACAUUCGCGGCACCAAAAGCAAAGAUCCGCGGGACAUGAUUUACGGAGUAUCCAGUUUGCUAUGCGGGCCCGAUCAAGCUCUAGGCAUUCAAGCAGAUUAUUCCAAAUCUGUUUCUGAGGUCUACACGGACGUAGUCCAAAGGAUUAUCAUCCAGCGUCGUUCAUUGAAAAUUCUUGACACCUGUGAACUUUGCUCCAAAGUCUUGGAUAUACCCAGUUGGGUUCCCGACUGGUCGAGUUCUUUGAAACAACUAAACAUGCCCUGGGGAACGUGGAGCGCUUGCGGGUGGAUAUCGGCGAAGGUCAAUUUCUCACAGGACACGUUUCUUGGGAAAAGAGUCCUCCGUGUUGCCGGUAUCCGGGCAUCAAGGAUAGCCAACGUUCGCUGUGCACAGACUGGCAACUUCGAUACAGAGGUCUCUCACAAUCGAAUGAUCGAAUUAAUAAGGCACUUCAAGCCAUCAGGGGACCUUGAUGCUCCUUACAAGAGUGGGGGAACAAUUAUUGAGGCUUACGCUCGCGUUUUCGUUGGCCUGGGAUUUGCCCACGAUUUUGACCCGCCUGACAGAUAUUGGCCUGACUUUGAUCGAACCGUACAAGAUGUUCGCAUUAUAUGGAUGACCGAUGGAAACUACGAUGAGCUGAGAAAGGUGUCCAUGCAUCCAUCUGAAGCAUUUUUCAGGUCAUUCACUUUAAAUAUUGUGGGACGCUGUAUUUUUUCGACUGUCGACGGGCUCAUUGGACUUGCGCCACUGAAUACUAUCUCAAAUGACCUUGUUAGUGUAAUAUUUGGUGGCAGGAACCCAGUAAUCCUACGAGAAUAUGCCACAAGCUCCGCAUCAGACGCAAUGUACCAGGUUGUGGGCGUCUGUUACGUGCCGGGCCUGAUGAUGGGCGAGAUUAUUCACGGAUCCUUCCCCAGCUUUUACAGGCCGAUAAAUACGUUUGGUCAGUCUCUUAGCACUCACGCCAUUGAAAAUACGCAUAUUGCGUUGUUGGACACUCGAAGAAACGAGUUGAAGACUGAUCCGUCUGCGAUUCUGAUGGAAAUGGGAAUUAGUUGCGAAAGGUACCAAAGACAUCCACAUAUACUAGAAGUCACCCAAAAGGCACUUCAGGAAGCCAAUGUUGCCAUAGAAGACUUCAACCUAUUUUAG